AUGGGCUCAGCAUCUUCGAAGCCUGCAGCGCGUAAGCUCGCACGAACACCACCUGCAUGGGUAGGCGCAAGGACGCCCAACCCCAAUGUCGGCGAACAGCUCCAUCCUCACGCGCGACCACUUCCUAGAGCUAGCGAGACCAAGGACGAAGGCAUUCAGCGCGACGCCCACGACCCACAGUUCCUGGCUAAUUUGAGCAAGCUGGGUCCUGUCAGGGUAGACCAUCAUAUGCAGACAAUACGGCCCGCGGCGGCGUCGGCGCAACGCAUACACGACACGCGGUUACGCUCGGAGGAGGAAGCCCGCUCGCCGCGAUCGACACGGAAUCGUCUUGUGGCCGAAUCUCUGCUCGAGCUCCUCGAGGAGCGCAAAUACGUCGCGACACAAAAGGACCUCGAAGCAUUGGCGAAGAAGUUCGACAUGGACCUGGACAAGCUGGAACGUCUGGCGCGCCAUGUGAACAGCGUCUCCGUGAACCAAGAGACGGUCAAGAGAUGGGUUGGUGAGGACGGCAGCGGUAUGGGCCAACCCAAGAAUAAAGACAGAGCAACCAAUGCUGGGUUCCAGCCGUUGACGUUUUGGUUCGACCCUGAUCACCUGCAGAACGAUGAUACCACUCCCCACUCACACAAAUUCCCUUCUGGCACUCGCAUAUCGACGUCCUGA